AUGUGCUACGCUGCCUCCUUCGACGGGCUGCCGCCGUCGCCGCUACGCGUGCUGCUCAUCGACAACUUCGACAGCUAUACUCAAAAUCUCUACCACGCCCUCGCACAGAGCGGCUGCGAGGUGAUCGUGAAGAACAAUCAGUUCGCCAGCUGGGACGCGCUCUGCUCAGCGCUCCCGCCCUUUGCAGCAGUGGUCAUAUCUCCGGGGCCAGGUAGUCCAGCGAAUGCUGCCGACUUUGGCGUCUGCAGCGAGGCCUACGACGCAGGCCUGCCACUCUUCGGCGUGUGCCUCGGCCACCAGGGCCUGGCGCUGUCGGUGGGCGCGACGGUCGGUCUUGCUUCGGAGCCGAUGCACGGCCGGCUCUCCGACGUCACCCACGCCGGCUGCGAGCUCUUUGCGG